AUGGCGACCGAGUCGUAUCUGGUCCAGCUGCUGAGCGACUCGAACCUGCCGACAGGCGGCUUCAUCGCCUCGGGCGGCCUCGAAUCGUACCACGCGCACGGGCUCCUACCGCCUCACGACACCGUGUCGACGACGCUGUCGUUCGUGGAACACACGCUCGGGAACUAUGCGGCGAGUGUCCUGCCCUACAUGUGCGCUGCGUACCGUCUCUCCCGCUCGUACAUCGAGGGCCACGACGACGCACUCGAUGCGCUGUGCCGCCUCGACUGGCACCAUCAUACCCUGCUGCUGAACCACGUAUCGCGCCGCGCAUCAUUGAUCCAGGGAAUCGCAUUGCUGACGCUGUACGUGCGGUCGUUUUCCUCAGCCCUGCAGGAUGACUCGGCGCGCGCGGAUGCCCUGGUUGAGGAGCUCCGGCGGCGCAUCCGGCGUGGCGGCGCGAGGCUGGCAGGCGGCGCCCUCGCACUCCCAUCCGACGAGCUUGCGGGCCAUCUCGCCGUGUGCACAGGCGUCUUCUCGUGCUGUGUAGGCCUGUCGCUCGAGCGCAUGAUCCAUCACCACGUGUUCUUGCAGGCACGCAACCUCAUGUCCUGCUCGAUCCGACUCAAUACGAUCGGGCCGUACCUCGCGCACCGUCUGUUGGCAUCGGAUCUGCGUCCGCUUGUCGAGCGCAUCGCCGCGAGCGUCUCGUGUGAGGCGGGCGACAAGCUGAUCGCCGAAAACGGCGAUGACGACGAUGAGGACCUCGACUUGGUCUGCACGACAUGGCCGCUGGGCGAGAUUAUCCAAGCACGUCAUGAUCAAUUGCAUUCGCGUCUAUUCAACAGCUAG